AUGAAGAACUCCUGUGUAGGCCUCCUGGCUGGUCUACGCACCGGUGUAGGCCUCCUGGCUGGUCUACGCACCGGUGUAGGCCUCCUGGCUGGUCUACGCACCGGUGUAGGCCUCCUGGCUGGUCUACGCACCGGUAUAGGCCUCCUGGCUGGUCUACGCACCGGUGUAGGCCUCCUGGCUGGUCUACGCACCAGUGUAGGCCUCCUGGCUGGUCUACGCACCGGUGUAGGCCUCCUGGCUGGUCUACGCACCGGUGUAGGCCUCCUGGCUGAUCUACGCACCGGUGUAGGCCUCCUGGCUGGUCUACGCACCGGUGUAGGCCUCCUGGCUGGUCUACGCACCGGUGUAGGCCUCCUGGCUGGUCUACGCAUCGGUGUAGGCCUCCUGGCUGGUCUACGCACCGGUGUAGGCCUCCUGGUCUGUGCGGUAUAUGAAUAUGUGCAGCGUCUCUACUUCAAAAACACUUGA